GCGCUUAUUUCAUUGCUCUCCUUCACCAAUAAUUCAACUAGCCUUCUAACAUGUCCUUUUAUCUCUAAAUAUAUAGUCAUGGUUGCAAGCAUUUUAGAACCAACACAAAUAAUUCACAUCCUGAAGCAGAGUCUUGUUUACACCAUUUUCUACUCAAUUAUCAUCAAUUAAAUACGACAAUGGGUUUUCGUUUACCCGGUAUCAGAAGGGCAUCAUUUGAUGCUAACCGAGCAUCCUCAAAAGCUGUGGAGGUGCCAAAGGGCUAUCUUGCAGUCUACGUUGGUGAGACAAUGAAGCGGUUUGUGAUCCCCAUAUCAUACUUGGUCCAUCCUUCAUUUCAAGACUUGUUGAGUCAGGCUGAGGAAGAGUUUGGAUAUGAUCAUCCCAUGGGUGGUCUCACAAUUCCUUGCAGCCAAGAUGUGUUCGCAAACCUAACUUCACACUUGAAUGGACUAUAAGCCUCGUACUGUAGAAGACUGACAUAUAUUUGUAGAGAUAACUUGUACAAUAGGAAUCUUCUCAAUUUGUAAAGAUCAACCCUUUUGGAGAAAUAGGAAAAAAGAAAAGGCUAUUAGGAUGACAAAUUUGUUUCUUUAUUUUUGUUUAAUGACAAUUAAUUCAAAUACUCAAGUGGCUCCUCUGUGUUUUCUGUUUGUUAGUUAUUGCCAACAUUUACUUUACUCUGUAUAAGCAAGGUUGCUUGCUAUAAGAAAAACAAGACUUCGUUGUCCUGAUAAAUUUUAAGGCCUGAUUAUUUCAAGACUCGCUGGCUAGAACAACAGUUGAGUAAUCAAUGGAUUUGUUUGAAUAUUUGCAUUAAAAUUGGCAAUAUCUUCUCUUACAGCCCACGAAACGACAGAUAAUCAAUGUGAUGCUGCUUCUUGUUUAGGAAAAUUGAAGAUUUGACGAACCUUAGAAUUGAAAGGAGCACUGAAGUAACCAAAGAGAAGUACUCUGGUGCUGAGUGCAGGAACUAAAAUGAGCCAAAUAGAUAGAAGAAUCUAGAAACAUGUGGCUGAGGCUGUUUCAGGACAAAUGUGUGUUGUGUGUUCCAUGUUCAGCUCAAGAACAAACAUUUAAAUUCAGCAGGGCAGCAGUAACAACUAUGAUCAACUUUGGCCAAAUAUCUCCAAAAUCCAAUGGGUGGCCUUACAAUCCCUUGUAGAGAAGAUGUAUUCCUAUAGAUAUUACUUCUCGCUUGGAUAGGUAGUAAGGGAGAAGAUUGAAAUGUAGAUGGCCAAUUCAAUUUUGUAUAGGAAACAUAGUUGAACAUUGUAAAUAUCUUAUCUUUUUUGUACUUAAGAUUUGUAAAGAUGUACCC